AUGUCUGAAGAAGACCAACAACAGGAAGAUGCGCUCGUGGAGUUUGAUGAGGGUACGUUAAUAAGAGAUUCAUGGGCAGUGAUACGGUCGCUAGGAAAAGGAGCAUAUGGUCACGUUUAUCAUGUCAUACACGUCAAAACAGGAAUACAAGCUGCUUUAAAGGCGGAGAGCAAAUCUCAAGCGGAACGUGUUCUAAAGAUGGAAAGAAAUGUUUUGCAAGGAUUUAAAGGUGUGAAAGGGACGGUACAGCUGAUAUCAAUGGGAACCACUGACACUUACUCGUAUAUUGUGAUGACGCUAUGUGGAGCUGACCUUACACGAGCUUGUUCAACAGUGGCUAGACUAACGGACGGAACUAUCCUCCGUUUAGCGAUUGGCACUUUACUGUCUUUAAAACAGCUGCAUGAGAUCGGAUUUGUACACCGCGAUGUGAAGCCGUGCAAUUUCGCCACAUCACGCUCUAAUACGAGAGCCAUACACGUCUUCGACUUUGGAAUGACGAGGAAAUACGCCGCUAAGAAUGAGAAGAAUGAAUGGUUUAUCAAACGGAGGAGGACCCGAGUGUUAUUUCGAGGUACUCUUCGAUAUUGCUCUUUGGCUGUGCAUCACCGUGUUGAACAGGGCCGAGUGGACGACUUGUGGUCAUGGGUGUAUAUGAUAGUAGAACUUCGUGAUAAAUUACCGUGGGCUCAUUUAUUACAUCCUGAAGCAGUUCAAGCUGUAAAAGAAGAAACACCACAUGAAAAAUUAUGUUCUUCGGAGACAUCCCAAGUUUUUAUUCCAGUAAUGAAGCACUUCCAAAGUCUUGGCUACUUUGACAGACCUGAUUACAACAUGAUUUUUGAAACAAUACUGAAAGAAAUGAAAAAGAGGGAUAUGAAGGUGAGUGACCCAUACGACUGGGAAGGCAAGAUCUCCGAUCCUGGCGUUGAAGAGAAAGUUGCCGAAGUGUGCAUCCGUCUCGGUGUGAAGGUGCACGAAGACCCGAAAACUGCAUGCACUGAAGACUCGUCGGAAACCAGUGAACUGGGGUACUUGCGACAUGCGUUUGCACCUCAUCCGACAGACGUCCCCGGAGGCGAGAAAUACGAAGAAAAACGGAAAAAGGGAACUGUACUCGUCAGUGGCAGUCAAAACAAUGCGGAUGUUAUAUCUGCACCUGGAGGUUCGAGCCAAAGCGAUAUGAGCUCAUCAAAAUUAAACCGCCAAAAUGAGAAAUUAGCGUCAUCCAAGCUGAAGAAAGCAACAUCAAUGAAGACGAAAAAAGAGAAAGGAAAAGGAAAGGAGAAGUAG